ACCUUUCCGGGUCUUCGGGAUAGCUCGGGGGUAUAGAUAGAAAAUGAGGACCCUGGGGUGCACCGAGCGUCCCGCACCCCAGAGGCUGGUUGAAGUACACUGAUGGGGACUUGUUUUGAUUCUCGGGAGCCUAAGUGUUUUUGGAUGGCGCUGUGUCUGAGGACUCCGGCUGCUCUGAUAAUAGCCUGAGAAGACGGCAUGCUGUUCCUUCCCAGCGCCAAGCCGGAUCCGUUCUGAACCUUGGAUCUCAGUCCUUCAUGGAGACCAGCUCCCGGCAGGAAAUUGGCACCCAGAUGGUUCCUCCAUGUGAAGUUGUCUCUGGCUGCGGGCUGACUGGAGGACACCUGGUGGCCAGGCCAGCCCUUUCUCAGUCAUCCGGGACAGGGCAGCAUGGUGCGGAUUCAGAGGCGGAAGCUUCUGGCGUCUUGCCUGUGCAUGACGGCUACUGUCUUUCUGAUGGUCACACUGCAGGUCGUGGUUGAGCUUGGAAGAUUUGAAAGGAGGAAGUUUAGAAAUUCCAAUUUGCAAGAUGGACAUAAAAGAGUGGAGGAAGAGCCUCACCGUCUCAACCCAUUUCCUGAAAAGGAGGUCCUAGCCUUGGGUGUGAAGAACACAGUAGACGUUGGGAGCUACCCCAUUGUGCUGUGGUGGUCCCCACUGACAGGGGAGACUGGCAGGCUGGGCCAGUGUGGGGCAGACGCUUGCUACUUCACCGUCAACCGGACCUUCCAGCAGCAUCACAUGACCAAGGCCUUCCUCUUCUAUGGUACUGACUUUAACAUAGACAGCUUACCUCUGCCUCGGAGAGCCCAUCAUGACUGGGCCCUUUUCCACGAAGAGUCCCCCAAAAACAACUAUAAGCUCUUCCACGAGCCAGUCAUCACCUUAUUCAACCACACAGCCACCUUCAGCAGGCAUUCCCACCUGCCGCUGACCACCCAGUACUUGGAGGAUGCGGAAGUCCUGAAGUCACGCCGAUACCUAGUUCCUUUGCAGUUGAAAAACAACCUGAGACAAAGACUUGCUCCUCUGGUGUACGUGCAGUCCGACUGUGAUCCACCGUCAGACAGGGACAGCUAUGUUCGGGAGCUGAUGGCUUACAUCGAAGUCGACUCCUACGGUGAGUGUUUGCGGAACAAAGAGCUUCCUCAGCAGCUGAAAAACCCAGCCUCCAUGGACGCCGAUGGCUUCUACAGAAUCAUCGCCCAGUAUAAGUUCAUCCUGGCGUUCGAGAAUGCAGUCUGUGAUGAUUACAUCACAGAGAAGUUCUGGAGACCGCUGAAACUGGGGGUCGUGCCCGUGUAUUAUGGGUCUCCCACCAUCGCAGACUGGCUGCCAAGUAACAGAAGCGCCAUUCUUGUUUCGGAAUUUUCUCACCCCAGAGAAUUGGCGAAUUUCAUAAGGCAGCUGGAUUAUGAUGACCGCUCGUAUGAGGCCUAUGUAGAGUGGAAACUCAAGGGCGAGAUCUCUAAUGAGCGACUUCUGACAGCUCUCCGGGAACGGAAGUGGGGAGUGCAAGACAUCAACCAGGACAACUACAUUGAUACUUUUGAGUGUAUGGUGUGCCACAGGGUGUGGGAAAACAGUAGGCUACAAGAGCAGGGCUUGCCACCCAAACAAUGGAGGGCAGACGUUAGCCACCUGAGUUGCCCAGAGCCUGCCCUGUUCACCUUCGCAUCUCCAGCCGUGCCGGCCCUGCGUGGGAGAUCGUUGAGAGAGCUGUGGCUCCCCAGCUUCCAGCAGUCUAAGAGAGAAGCCCAGGCCCUACGGUGGCUGGUGGAUAGAAAUCAAAACUUUUCAUCUGAAGAGUUUUGGGCCCUGGUCUUCAAGGACUAGUUUUACAUGGUACUAGAAUGACAGAAUUAGACUAAUUUUCUUGGAUGCCUUAAUAUUUGGAGAUAAUAGCUAUUCCAUUGAGUAUCUUUUAGAACAAGAAUUAAUUGUAGCCAUUUUCACAAAGAGCCCUGUCAGAUAAUAGCUGUGAAUUACUUUUAGAGGUUGCCUCUAUAUUUUUAUACUAAAAAAAUAUUAGAUUUUUUUUGAGUGGACAUUGGUUGUCUUCAGUCUCUACGUUUGGACCCAUGUGCUCGCCGUCUUCUGUGGAGACUGACCCAAGGUCAAGUGCUCUCCUGGCUGCAGAUCUAGCUGUGGAAGUUUGAUACUCACCUCCCUGUCAGCAGCUCGUUGGUGUUUGGCAAGCCUGGUUUCUUGGUGCAGAGAAUGAAUGAAGCGCAUUAGAACUUGGCAAUGAGAGGUUCCAUCUGCUCUCAGGGAUGGGAGUAAGAAAAGCUGUGUCAGGCAUCUCUGUCCUCCCAGUCUAAAGGACACAUCUUCCUUCGUCUUACACCCCCAAGCCACCUCACGAGCGAAGGGGCUCUAGUUGGCCCAAGCAUGGCACUCAUGGCUCAGGCAGGCCUUUCCCUUCCCCCGUUCCCUCCGUCUUGCUAAACUGUUAGGUUAUGUUUGUAAAGCUAGCCGCCAAGGGCUGGUCCCUUAUUUGGCCACUUCAUGCCCCUGAGGAUGACCACCAAGGCUCAGUUAUCGAAGUUUUAAAGUCCAACAAUCAAAAGCCUCCUUUUCGCUGCCCUAAUUAACAUGCUCAAUCAGAGUUAAACAUCUCGUUCUAACAUAGUUGUCCCCCCUUUUUCUUUACCAUUUACCUGUGGGUCUCCUCUCUAUCGAGAGGCAGUCUGUCCCACUGUGGCAAAUGUCCCUU